AAUGGAGAACUUGGGAUUAAUUCAAUUCCUUUUGCUUUUAACUUUAUAAGUUUUGUGAUAAUGUAGCAAUAAGUUACUGUUUCUGUUGGACAUUUGUGGAAAUUCUUUCUAAUUUCUAUACUCAAAUUCUUUCUAAUAUGAUACUGUGAUUGUUCUAUGCUGAUUAAAUUAAGAAUUUAAUUUUAAAAUGACAUUCUGAUAAAGAGGAAAGCAAACAAGCACUGGUCCUAGGUAGCUCUUUUUUCACGACAUUGAUUUCAAAAUCUUUUUAUUUUAUUAUAUAUAUAUUUUGUCAUAUAAAUGAUAUAUCAGAAAACAGAAACAGUGGGCAGUUGAGUUGGGUCUUUGACGCCUCUGUAUGCCGACCAUUACUCAGCUCAUUAAGCAAACCUGCUGCUAAUGAGGCUAAAGGUAAAAGCAAAAUGACAGCAACUGCCAAGGAAGACAAAAGAUGGAGUGGUGACGCCAAGAAAAUGGAAGGAGAUGAUAGCUUGAGGACUCUACACUGCUUAAGGGGAAGAUUGCUUGCAGAGAGACAUGCUUCUAAGGUUGCUAAAGAGGAAGCAGAUCUCAUGGGCAAUAAGUUAUUAGAGAUAGAGACCAAACUAAGAGAAGAGACCAAAUUAAGGCAAAAGGCAGACAGGAAGCUUAAAUUCCUGUUGAAGAAGCUCGAGUCCUUGAAACUUUCACCCGCACUGGAGGGAGUAGAGGUGCUGUCAAAUUCAUCUGAUAGUUCUUGCCUCUCAUUUUCCGAUACUUCAUCCUCUAAAGACCCUGAAGAAUCUGCAUCCAAAUCUCAAGCCUCACAGGAAAUGAAGGAGAUUAAUCACUCUUCUGAGAGCGCAACUACUCGAGAUUCAUUAGAUUCCAACUCUCUUCCUAACUUCAAAGAUUCUCUAUCAGACAAAUCUAUCUACCACUUCACUCCAAGUUGUCAAGAUUCAAAGAAAGAUUCUCAGAGUUGUUCAGACUUAGAAGCUGCUGGGGUGGUGGAGAUGAGGAAAGAUUCAACAAGUGAGAGUGAUAAGGAAGAGAAUGUGGAUAACUCAUUGGCAUUGGCAUUAGUUCCUGUAAAUUUGGCAGCAACCAACAAGACAAGUGAGUUAAUGAUAGUUAACAAAAGUGUUGGUGAAGUUCUUGAUGCUCUAAGGCAUGCCAGAGAAAAGAUACAAAGCUCAAUUGAGAGAAGACACAUGAGUAGAGUUAGAGUUGGGCCAAGCUGAAUUGAACUCAUGAUGUUUGUUUUAAGUUAAAAUCUUACAGCAAAAACAAAGAUACUGUGAUCAGGUCCUUCUAUCUUCUUUCUAUUCUGAAGCAAAACAAUGACCAAAACAAAAGAUUAGUGCUGCAUUAACCAGAUGGUUAAAUAGGUAAGUUAAAAAGGGAAAUAAUCAGAAAUCUAAAAGACAGCAUGUGAAGUGGGGAAUUAUUGGAGGUUUGUUGUCCAGAUGAUGGUUGGGACCCAACUGUAUGGCCACAUUCACUUUUGUCUACUUUUUGAUUGAAUCUUUGAUAUGUUUAGUUAGGUGUUGUUCAGUUGAUGCCUGUGAUCUGCUGCUGCUGCAUUCACAUGGUGUUAGGCCAAGGGCAAUUAAUAUUUCCUUUUCAAGGCUUUUGCCUCUUCAAUUUGUUAAUUGGUUCACUUAUGCUCUUCUCUUGCAAGAGUGAGUUUUGUCUAUGUAAUUAAACUAAUUAAGCUUGCCCACUUUUUAAUCUACUGAAAGUUUACUGUGUU